AUGCUUGAUUCUGGUGUCGCUCGGCCUGGAUGUAGCAGUCAGGCAAGUAAUGGUACAGAAGAAGAAUAUUUUCCACCGCCUGCUAAAAGAACAAACAGAAAUGUGAAAGAAAACGAAUUCAACUCAGCGAUGUGUAGCUUCCGCUGCGAAAACUCACCUCCAAGUCAUUUUAUUGAAGAACAAAUAUUCAUACCAGAAUUUAAACGAGCCAUAGUUAGGAUCGCGUACUGCCGAUAUGGUUAA